AUGGCAAGCCAUGACUGCGAUGCUGGUCACAAAGAGACUCAUGGCGGGGACAGUGAACGUGAGUUUCAUGCUGCCCCGGAAGACCUCGAGGAGCGUCGAGUGCUCUUUGCAGCCAUUGACUCCUUCCAUCAGUACCGCGCUACAAGCCAUUACAAUGUCACCCACCGCCGGCGGCAGAACCUUUACGCCUUGCCAUCGUCGCAGUGGCAGAUACUCGCCGCUCCGCCUUUCUCCCUCCUUGGCACCUUAUCUCAGGUCGACGACGCCAUAGACCAAAACGCCAACCUCGCUGACGCGAUCGUCUCUUUUGCCACAACCACCAUAGGCCUCCCAGCAUCACCAGCCAAAGACCACCCCCUCAACUGGCGCAACACCGCAAAACCCUCCGACCAUGCAAAAGCGCAUUCCACCCUCCGCCAAUUCUAUCGGGACUGGUCGGCUGAAGGCUUCGCCCUCGAGGUCAAACCCCUCCUGGACCUCAUCCUAAAUGAUCUACACAACCACCUCCACCUUCCCCAGAGCAGCUCCCCCUCCCCGCCACCCUCACUACUGCUGCCCGGUGCCGGUCUAUCCCGGCUCCUCCUCGCUCUCACCCUUGCCGGCUACCACUGCACGGGCAACGAAAUCUCCUAUCACGCCCUCCUCGCCUCCAACUACAUCCUCAACCACACCCGCGUCGCGCACGCCCACACGGUCUUCCCCUUCUGCACGACCUUUACGAAUCUCGCCUCCCGCUCCUCCCAGCUACGAUCGUACACCGUUCCUGAUGUGCACCCCGCCACCGCGUUCCAGGAAGCACACGAGCGCGGAGACGCGGUGGGCGAGAUGGGCAUGGCAGCGGGGGACUUUGUAACGAGUUUCGGGCCGCGCGACGCGGACAGUGCAGGUGCGUACGACGGCGUCGUCAGCGCGUACUUUAUCGACACGGCGCCGAAUCUCAUCCGUUACAUCGAGACCAUCCGGCACUGCCUUCGGCCCGGGGGCGUCUGGGUGAAUGUCGGCCCGCUGCUGUGGCAUUUCGAUGGCCGCGGCCAUCAGAGAUCGGGCGAGGAUGGAGCUGAGGAGGACGGUGCUGGAGCAGCGGAGCUGGAGAAGGAGAUGGAUAGGAAGAGGAGGAAAGCCCAACACAUGGCGAGGGAGGACGCGGGGAUCGGCGAGCCAGGUUCCUUCGAGCUCAGCAACGAGGAAGUAUUGCUGCUGGUCGAGAGCUAUGGCUUCGAGAUCCUCUGUCACGAGAUCCUGCCCGCUGACUUUGUGGGUGAAGGGAGUGGUGGCUCGUACAUACAGGAUCGUCAGAGCAUGAUGCAGAGCCGAUACCAGAACGCGCAUUGGGUAGCUAGAAAACGCAGCGAGAGCGCCAGGAAAGACCACCAAUGA